CGCAAUGUUAUUGUUUUUGCCAAGAUGGCCGUUGCAGUUUCGAGUCGUCCGGGAUGUGUGCUGCAACGCACGUUCUCUUGGCCAAACACAAGCUGCUCUCAUUCUGAAAGUGCCAAAACAUGCAGGGAGCCGCUCUUUUUAUUAUCUAUUGACCGCUAUGCGAAAGACUUGGGGUUUGGGAUUUUUUUCCCCGAAGCUAUUCACGCCUCAGAUAACCUUUACGAUGCCACAGUGAGCGAUGGCGACUGUAAACUACGGGUUACCAUUCACCCAGGCUUGAACCCGUUAGUCGAGAGGAACGAACUACGGUGUGGUUGCCAGCUCAGAAAUGUCACCUUUUCUCACGUCAUUGGGCUGGAGGGAAGGAAUGAGGGAGACGAAUGUCCUACCUAUCGGGUGAUGAAUUUGGAGGUGGAUGUGGAGGCCGGUUUUGAUGCUGGUCUCGAGGCAUUCUGUGGGAUUGACAUAGAUGCCCUUCCGUGGUUUGGGCUAGAGGGAGACAACCGGCCCAGUCUCCUCCCGUUGCGGGCCAAGAGGAGCUCAUACCUUCCUAUGUGGAAUAACCAGGAUUAUUACGGUGAAAUGUGGAAAGACACCGCCCCAACGGAGCCCAUAGACAAAUCAUCAUCAGACUCUGGCGAAGAGACCGAAGACCUGCAGCCUACGGUCACCCUACGAGAGGUCAGACAGGCGUUCCUGUGUAGGUCUCGGGUCAUCAAGGGGAUUCUCAUCGUCCGGAUUCUGCACAAGUCUCGGCUGUUCUAUUACGGAAAGGCAGAAAGUAACUGCGAGUGUCCCUACAAGGCAGUGUUUGAGGUGGCAGACAGAUCGGGCCAAGCCUCUGUGGUUCUGUGGAACACCCUUUGUAUGGACUGGUAUCGCAUUGUACACCCUGGAUCCACCCUGAGGCUGGCCCACUACAGAGUGAAGGAGAGCUACAACAGCAGGACAGGAGAGAAUGCAAAGGAUGAUAUUGAGAUCAGCCUGAACUCCAGGAAUCCUUCAGCAGACAUCUCCUUAAUCCCAAAGAAAGAUGUCCUCCCACAGUGGCAUCUGCCUCACUCCCCUUACAACUUCUGCUGCGGGAAAGAGAUUGUGACCUGUCCUGUGGGGAGUACUUGUGAUGUCAUUGGUCUAGUGGUGUUUGUUGGUCGACCAGAACGCACCAGGAACAAAGACAGACAUGGGGUGGAAUUAUGGGAAUACCGGUGGCUGCAAUUGGAGGAUGGGACCACGGAACAGCCAGUAAUGGUGAAACUUUUCUCCACUUCCCAGCCAGAGAUACACUCUAACAUACACCCAAUGGCAAUAAUGGUGUGCACAAAUGUCCAGCUGAUGAGGGUCGGUCCUGACAGGACCACAUCUUUUCAGUACCUGACCAAUACGAGCCUCACGCAGGUGUACUGCACAGGCUCCGGCCAUCACUCAACGAUGCCCUACAGGCGACUCCGCCCCGUGAGGCAGUUCAUCCAAUGGCUGCAGACGGUGGAUGAGAACAGAGCGCUCAGCAAGGCUGUGAUUGGAGGAUUUUUCACCUAUCCGCCUCUUCCCGUCUCUCUGGAGAUGUACAUGAGGGACAGAAAUGGGGAGCCGGGCCUGGUGACCGGAGUGGAGCUGAGGAGGGAGGCCGAGAAGCUGCAGUACAGAGAGAGCCGCACGCUCGCCAUCCAGGCCACCGUGAGUGCUGUGUCACACGUCAGGACUGGAGAGGAGGAGGGCUGUUCGGCUCUCACGGAUUGGACGGCCUGGUCGCCUUCCGCCUCUUCUACUUGCUCCAGAGCGCCCGUCGCCCGUCCGUCCCCGCCCUCCUCGAUCACUCUUAGCCCCAGGUCUCCCAGGCUCAGGGUGCGGCACGGGCCUUUAGGCAGCGGCAGGUCUGCGAAGAGAAGACUGUUCCACACUGUAGAACCUCCCAGAAAAAGACUACCUUUGCCACUCCACUCCACCCAACUGACUGACCCUGAGGAGGAUGCAGACAGAGACUUCAGCCUGUGGGAUGCCUCAAUGGAAUUCCUCGAUAAGGCCGUAGAGGAUGAGAGCGACGACGACGACGACGAAGAAGAAGACAGCGGUUCGGCCGCGUCGUUCUUCACUGCUCCCAGCAGCCCCUGCUCCCCCCGCAGGACCGCGCUGGGCCUGGCCCGGGCGGCCAGCGAGACCGUACCGCGGCAGUUCUGCCCCCAGCGCCGGGAGGUGCAGGCCGCGGCCGUGGGCCUCCAGCCGGCCAGUCUCCAGGACACCCUGCCCAAAGGGAAACUGGGCACCUUCGCGCCCGCGGACUGCUACGACGGACACUACACCCUCUCUCUCAGAGAGCUCACUGACGGUGGGAUGGUAGAUGCUCUCUUUCUCCCCGGCUCCCCGGGGAACCUCCACUGGCGCCCGUACCCCCACCCGCACGUCAACAGCUGGGAGGCCAUCCUGUCCCACGGGGGCUUCUCUCCCUCCGCACCCCCUCCCGCACCCUCUGAUCUGAUUGCCAUGGCGACGCAGCUGACCGGUAAGAGGCUGGUGUGUGUACUGGAGGUGUGUCAGCUGGGCAGCGGCAGAGUGGAGAUUGUGCUGACCCGUGCGUUUCCCCUGAAAGAUUGAGAGGGCAGCUGAUACGUUUCGGGAUGGGAACCCAGACAAAGACAGUAUUGUAGCACACAUUUAACAGUUUUAUAACCAGUUAUAAAUGCAAUUUUGUUCCAGUCCAUUACAAACAUUUCUGUGAAUAUUUUUGUUUAAACCCAAGUUGAUGUUUAAAUUGUGACUUAUUUGUGCCAAGCAGUUUAAAACUACAACCCCACGUCUCAAAAGAGGCUCUUAUACCCUUAGAAGUUCAAACAUUUUUUCUGCCAUAAUCAGCUUUUAGUGAAUGCCUUUUUCAGACUUGUGGUAUCCUGGAAGAUGUUGGGAAGUAGAAUUGUCAAAGGUUUAAUUUAUAUUGGUUAAUUAUUGAGAAAAGCACUACAAAGGCACUUUUGUUUUUUCUUUUAAUAUUUGAUAAUACUAUUACAUAGUAAUAUUAUUUCCCUGCUGUUCUAAUACUAUUAUUUAUUGAAGCCUUAUUUAUUUGCCACUUUUCUUAUUUUUUCCUAAUGCACUGCAUUUGUUAAAGUGCGUAGAGUUUAUACUAUGUAUAUCUUGCCUGAUCUAAUUGUGUUUGCGUGUUGAAUUGAGUUGGCCUACAGAGGCAGGAGGCUGCCUGGUAUUAAGGGGGGGGGGGGGGGGUCUAUUGUCUAGAAGGCUAGUGGUUACAGUCCAGUGACUGAAAACAAGGAUCCCUAAGAACAACAUUAAGGGUGUUAUUCUUCUGGGGGAGGGUGACAAAUGCCAAGGGAAUUCUCUUUUAGUUAAGGAACUGAAAGCAAUGGUUGUUACAGCUGUAUGUCGUUGGAUCUGGAAAGAAAUCUCACUAAAUAGCAGAGGUACACUAUUUUAUGUUGAGGACAUAGUAUCACUAAUGCUUUUUUCUGUUUUCUGUUCUCCAUUGUUGUUUCCCAUUUUCAAAAUGUUUUUUUAUUCUCUUCUGUCAACUGCAGAUGUCAGCUGUCAAUCUUUCUUACUGUGAAAUAAAAGUUUGGAGCCAGCUCAGCUGCGAAAAUAA